CUUUGUACACUGAGCUGCUUUCACACUGAUUCCAAAGGUCAUUUGUGUCUCCAUUGCAGAAGUGCAGCAUAAUGGAAAGUCUUGACAACUAUUUAUUUAAAUAUAAAGGCUUUGUUUUCGCGAAAGGUGAAACCACUGAGGAAUACAUUGACUCUCUUCAACAUUUUGAGAUUCGUGACAGUGAUGUUUUUUUGGUGACGUACCCCAAGUCAGGUACAAUAUGGACACAGAACAUCAUAAAUUUGAUUUGUGAGGACACAACAGACAAAAUAUAUACCAACAAUCUUGAGAAGAUGCCGUGGUUAGAGUACCGUGAAGGCAGACCUGACUAUUCUUUGCGCCCGUCUCCACGGUUCUUUGCCUCCCAUCUCACACCCACACUGAUGCCGCUAGGCCUUAAGGACAAGAGAGGAAAGAUCAUAUAUGUAAUUAGAAAUCCAAAAGACAAUGUGGUGUCAUAUUUCCACUUUUCCCAUGUCUGGGCCAAAAUUGAGACUCCCAAGAGCUUCGAAGACUUUUUGCAGCUGUAUCUAGCAGGAAACGUUGGUUGUGCAUCUUGGUUUGAUCACAUCCGAGAGUGGUACACUAAAAGAGAGCAGUACAACAUCCUUUUCCUGACAUAUGAGGACAUGGUCAUGGAUCUCAGGACAGCAGUGAAGAAAAUCUGCAUGUUCUUGGGGAAAGAUCUGGAUGACACUGCUAUCGCACGUAUUGUGGAGAAGGCCACUUUUAAAAACAUGAAGCAGGACCCCAAGGCAAACUAUGAAUUCAUCCCACAAGAUCUACUACUUCAGCCCCAAUUUAUGCGCAAAGGUACUGUAGGAGAUUGGAAGAACACAUUCACUGUGGCACAAAAUGAGAUGUUUGACCAGAUCUUCAAAGAAAGGAUGGGAAACUUACCACUGAACUUCAUCUGGGACUUGGACACCAAGACAAAGCAAAACUAGUCACACAAGAAACAGAACAAACAUGUUGUUUUCCCCAGUGGACAUCAAACACCAUUUACUGGUCAUUCAAAUGCUAAAACCUUCCAAACCAACUAUCAAGGUUUCUGAAGAGCCCCAUUGGCUGUGAACCACAAAGUGGUUUAUAUAGAUAUACACUAGAUUUAAAAAAAUAAACAAAAAUUAAUACUUUUAUUCAGCAAGGACACAUUAAAUAGAUUUAAAUUGACAGUCAAUCUUUAUAUUUCAAUUAAAUGCUGUUCUUUUGAACUUUCUAUUAAUCAAAGAAUCCUGAAAAUAAAUGCAUCACGAUUUUCACAAUAAUAUUAAGCAGUUCUUACCAUCAAUGCUGAUAGUAAGAAGAAAUGUUUCUUGAACAGCGAAUCAGCAUAUUAGACUGAUUUCUGAAGGAUCAUGUGACACUGAGGACUGGAGUAAUGAUGCUGAAAAUUCAGCUUUGCCAACACAGGAAUAAAUUACAUUUUAAAAUAUAUUUUAGUAGAAGAGUUUUUGAAUUGUAACACUUUUACAUUAUUACCGUUUUUCUUUUUCUUUUAAGACAACUUAGUAAAAAAAAAGUGUGACUAAUAUAAAAAAAUAUGCUUUUAUUUCUUAUAUCCCUCCCUGUUCUAGCUUGUACUAAUCUGAACGAUGUUUGAAACUUUGUUUCUAGCACUUCUCAUGUUACUGCCCCCAUAAGAUUCAUUUGUAAGUCAGUUUGGGUAAGUUUUGGAUAAAAGCAUCUGCUAAAUGAAUUAAUGUAAAACCAUUUAAUUAAUCUUACCAUCCUUAAACUUUUGAAUGGUAGUAUACAGGUUUAAGACUGUGACAGAUCUUCAUAUGGUGCUACACUGGGGCAGUCUGAUACACAUCUAAAUGUUAGUUUUAAUAAUAGAAUUUUAUGUAACUAAAAUGUAACUUUUUUUUCAUGACCAUUAUGCAUCAACAGUGUGCUGAAGCAUAUUUACCUGCAGAACUUAAUGUCAGACCAAUCACUUACAUUUAUGCAUUUCACAGGCACUUCAAAGUAAGUUUGUUCCCUGGAAAGCAAACCCAUGGCUUUGGCAUUCCUAGUACCAUGUUUUGACAAGUAUGAUUAAAUAGCAAGAUUUUUCAGAAUCAAUUCUUAAAAGCAUGUUUGUACUUGCAUUGCCCUCAAGCUCCAGAACCUGAUCUAUAACAAUUAAACUUGCGAAAGCAUCCAAA